AGCAGCGGCAGCAGCAGAAGGAGGAGGAGGAAGAGGAAGAGGAGGUCGGGACAACAGGGCGUCGGGUGCCGGGGAUGAUGAUGGUGGUGGUAAGGUCGGGAUCAUCAUGGCAAACGGAACCGGCACUAUCAUGUUGAAAUGCGUCGUGGUGGGAGACGGUGCGGUGGGCAAAACGUGUCUGCUGAUGAGCUAUGCCAAUGACGCCUUUCCCGAGGAGUAUGUCCCCACAGUGUUUGAUCAUUAUGCAGUGAGCGUCAACGUCGGUGGAAAACAGUACUUGCUGGGACUCUAUGACACAGCCGGUCAGGAGGACUACGACCGCCUGAGGCCGCUGUCCUACCCGAUGACCGAUGUCUUCCUCAUCUGCUUCUCUGUGGUCAACCCGGCCAGUUUCCAGAACGUUCGAGAGGAGUGGGUGCCAGAGCUGCAGGAGUAUGCCCCCAGUGUCCCCUACCUGCUCAUUGGCACCCAGAUUGACCUUCGUGAUGACCCCAAGACUAUUGCCAAACUGAACAACAUGAAGGAGAAGCCCAUAGCUACUGAGCAGGGACAGAAACUGGCAAAGGAGAUUGGUGCAUGUUGCUAUGUGGAAUGUUCAGCCCUGACCCAGAAGGGCCUGAAGACGGUGUUUGAUGAGGCUAUCAUCGCUAUCCUGGCUCCCAAGAGAAAGAAGGGAACUCUGAAGAGAAGACUGGGACCCCGCUGCAUCAACUGUUGUCUGAUCACGUGAUCCCUAAACACAGAGAUCGUACAGCAGCUAACCAUAAACCAAACCUGGACGGAAGGCAAAAGACAGAAUGGAGUCAAAUGCACCGAGAGCACAGUGAGACAUAAGAGACGACUGAAACGGACAAAGCAAUAGCUACAUUUAAGCUGCAGUGCUCUGGACGGGCCCUAAUUCUCUCUCCUGCUUUCCACCACUCGGGUUGGGGAUGCAGUUUAACAACCAAAGGAGCACAAAGCCCUUGUCAGUCUCUUCUAUAAGACUUUAUGCCUCUUUUAUAACCAUUUUUAAUCAUUUUUUUGUGUACAAAAUUGUUGUAUGCUGUCAUACAAAAAAAGCUACAAAAUGGCUCUUCAGUUUCUAGUGAAAAUGCUACAUUUAUGGAGUUCAUAUGAUUGCUCUCGUUUUUGAAAGUUUGAUUGUUGAUUUGUGAAUUUGAUUAGAUAAAAUCAGAGAGGAAAAACUGCAGCUUAUAAAAAACUAGUUGACACUGUGAUGGUGCCCAGGAAAAGUUUCAGGACAGAAGGGCCUUGAUUCUUUACAUGUUUAUCUUCCUUCACGCUGCCCUGCGAGGUCGGGCUUCAAAUUAUUUUUCAUUCAAAGACCUGCAAUUUAGACCACACAAAAUUUUGCAGUGUGUAGGGGACAAUAGUGGAGUUUUAUUCAAACAACAGAUUUUGGACCUAGAACUUGAAUUUUUAAGUUUAAGAGUCUUGUGUUUUUUUGCCUUAAGAAAGCCCAUCAAUUUAUAGUGUGGCAUGCCAAAUCAUACUGUAACAUAAGACUGGGGCUGAGUGCUUCAUCAGAAAAUGAAAAAGGUUUAUUAUCCAUUUAAAAAAUAUAUAUUAUCCAAAGUUUAUGAUUCUGUAUCUCUAAAGUAGAGUUCAUCCAGUAUGUGCAAAUAUUAUGUUGUCAACUGAUAGCUCACACUCUUCUGUUCAUCUUUUGUUAUUUUGCAAUAAUAUGUUAUCCCUUAUUCGCCUUUAAGAAAUUUCAGAAGGGAGUAGAAGAGAGAUCUUGUUUUAGAAAUGAAACUUAUUCAUAUCCAACAUCCAAAGAAUCAAAUGCACACACUUUGAUCAAAACCAAGUGGCUAAGUGACCCAGUACUGUAUAUGAAAUGCACAACAUGAAGCACAGCUACGCCACUUCUCAAUCUCCCAGCACAACAAAGCACCUUCCUCCGCUUAUGCACAAAGUCCCUCUCCGAGAAAAAACCCCAGACUAAUUGAAGCACAGACGAUCGCACACUGGUCCAACAGGCACAAGUACAGUAUAGCUCACGACCUCACCAUCAAAUCCUGAUAAGGCGCUGGGUUAAAACCGUGUACCUGCCACAUGUCAGCUUUUCAGAAAACACACUGAUCUAAUUAGUUUUGAAAGGGAAAAAGAGGAAGUUUCAGUCGUUUGCAUCAGCUGUUUGUGAAUGCAAUUUACCUGUGGGCAUUUACACAUCACCAAAUCGGAACAAGUAACACCGCGACAGAAUAGUUGUCCCUGAAUAGUUACACUAUGUUUACUCUGGAGUACAAGGUGUAAAUAUUGCUGUACUUAAUUAAUGAUUUAUGUGAAAUAGUGACAUAAAUUGAGAAGAUUAUAUACUAAACUGCACAAAAACAACACAAUAUACCACAGAAUAGCUCAAUUAUCCUAGCUUGAGAAUAUGAUGAAUGUAUAUAAAUCAAAACUCACUAUAUGAGUGUUAAUCUGAUGUGCCUUUUAAACAACUACAUUUAUAGGGAAUUAGCACUUAAUUUAAAUAAAAAAAUUGGUCACUUUAACCUUCAUAUUAUAUUAUAGAGUUUAUAAUUUAGCCUUUCAACUGAAACUAUCUAGUAAUUGCAAAGAACUUUGCAAAAAUUAUCGAACAAUGGAAAAAAGAUAUAUUCAUGAACAGCUGAUGCAACCCAGUCUGUUGUACACUAUAAGGUCCCAAUUCAGUUUUAGCAACAUAUAGAUUCCAUAAGAAUUCAUUGAUCUUUGUAUUAAAGCCACACUCUACAACUUUUCAAACAGAAAUGGAGGCGAUCUAUGGAAUUUUACAAGAUUUAGAGAGGAGGCUAAAAAAAUCCGUUUUAUGCAACAAAGGUUUGUGGCCUACAUGUUUAUCACACUUGAGGUCAGGAUGUAACUUUUCAUGCAAGCCACACUUCCAAACUAUCAGUUCUGCUUGUGUAUGUGCAUUUGCUAUAAGCCUUUUUUUUUUCUACAUUAAAAACAUAUAUACUGAAGGUGCCAACUCUUGCUAAAUGACUUCUGUUCAUUCUCUUUUCAAAGUCAGACAUGAUGAUUGAUUAAAGAUUUAAUGUACAUGGUGCUCCUCUUCUCUGUCCCAGCCUGCGAUGUGGAACCGUCUUUCUGAGCAGAACAGUGGAUUGCGGGGUGAACGGCCCUCUCUCCCGCUCAGACAGUUUGGCUUGCUUACGUUGUGUGAAGGUCCACCCUCAGGAUCCAGGACCGAAGUGCCACCGAUGCAUUCUCCCGUUGAUGCUCCUCUUUCCUCAAUAAAUGUGUUUACUGUGUUAAUAA